CCUCCGGGCCCCUCCCCGCGCCCGUGCCCCAGCUGCGAGGCCCGGAACCGAGCCGCUCGGAUCCGCUGCUGCUGUCGCGCAGUCCGCUCCUCCGCCGCAGAGUCGCGCCCUGAGCUCGGCCGACUAGGCUGCACCGGCAGCCGGGAUCCCGCCGCUCGCCACCCCAGCCUUCGCCGCCGCCCGUAGGGCGCCCCAGGCCGCACCAUGGUGAAGGUGACGUUCAACUCGGCGCUGGCCCAGAAGGAGGCCAAGAAGGACGAGCCCAAGAGCAGCGAGGAGGCGCUCAUCAUCCCCCCGGAUGCCGUGGCGGUGGAUUGCAAGGACCCAGAUGACGUGGUUCCCGUUGGACAGAGGAGAGCGUGGUGUUGGUGCAUGUGCUUUGGCCUGGCUUUCAUGCUCGCUGGGGUCAUCCUCGGAGGCGCAUACCUGUACAAGUAUUUUGCACUUCAGCCAGAUGAUGUGUACUACUGUGGACUAAAGUACAUCAAGGAUGACGUCAUCUUGAAUGAGCCUUCCGCAGAUGCCCCAGCUGCUCGCUACCAGACAAUUGAAGAGAAUAUUAAGAUCUUCGAGGAGGAUGAGGUUGAAUUCAUCAGUGUGCCUGUCCCAGAGUUUGCAGACAGCGACCCUGCCAACAUUGUGCAUGACUUUAACAAGAAACUGACUGCUUACCUGGACCUUAACCUGGACAAGUGCUACGUGAUUCCUCUGAACACAUCCAUCGUAAUGCCACCCAGAAACCUGUUGGAGCUACUUAUUAACAUCAAGGCUGGAACCUACCUGCCCCAGUCUUACCUCCUCCAUGAGCACAUGGUGAUCACUGACCGGAUCGAAAACGUGGACCACCUGGGCUUCUUCAUCUACCGACUGUGUCAUGGCAAGGAAACCUACAAGCUGCAGCGCAGAGACACUAUUCGAGGUAUUCAGAAGCGCGAAGCCAGUAACUGUUUCACCAUUCGGCAUUUCGAGAACAAAUUCGCCGUGGAAACUUCCAUUUGUUCUUGAGCAGCCAAGAAAAGCGUGGGGAGUAAUGUAAUGCCACAGCAUAGCCCUCCCCUUGUAUUUUGUGCAGUGAUUAUUUUUUAAAACCUUCUUUUCAUGUAAGUAGCAAACAGGGCUUCACUGUCUUUUCAUCUCAUUUAAUUCAAUUAAAACCAUUAUCUUAAAAAAAAACAAAAACAAACAAAACCUUUUCUUCUUUCUAAGUGUGGUGUCUUUGAUAUUUGAAUUAGCAAAUGUGUGGGGUCCUAGGUAAGAUUUGCUUCUCCAUAGAGCUGGCAUACUCGGAAUAAUUUCGUUUAUCUGGCUUUUUCUGUGUUAUUUCUGCACUUCCAAGAGGAAGGGUUACCUACAGAAUGCAGAUGUUAAAAAGGACCACAGUGACUGACUUGUAGAUGCUACCAGCCCUACUCCUUAGCUGUUAGUGUUUGAGCCUACCCUCUUAACACUGCUUUAGUUAAAACGUGCAGUAUUUUCUGUGUUGCAUUUAACUACUUUAGAGGAUGAUUUCAGCCUGAUGUUUUAAUACCCUAGGCCUCUGCUGUAAUAAGAUUUUAGACAAAUGUUUGGAAUUUAAGAAACGACUCAUGUUACUAAUUUGUAUAGCCCACAUCUGUGCAAUGGAAUAUAAAUAUCGCAAAGCCGUGUCAUGAGACUGUGUGUUGUUUUUCCCAUAAGAUGAAACCAAAGAAGAAUUUGGUUCUCCAUGUUUUAAGGUAAUCCACAUACAUAGAGAAUGAAACUAUUUUAUAAAACCUAGUUCUCUACAUAUAGUUAUAAAAUCAGUUUUUAAAAAUAAAGUAAGCCAUUAAUAACCAAA